AUGGGUGAAGUCAACGAAGCCAAUCUCGUCCAGCUCAGCAAUUGCAUUUCCGAUGCCUCUGCACAACUGCAAAUUGCAUCCUUAUGUCUUCGCAGCUUGUACGUCACGAAUAAUUCAAGUGUGCCAGAAUUUGUCCAGCUUCGUAAUUCAAUUGUUAAUGAUGCAAAUGUAUACAGAAUCCAAAUUUUCCCAUUCGCCAACGCUGUUGUCACCUACUUACAAGAAUUUUGUGAAAACUAUACGACCUUUACCUUCGACGAAUUUUGCGAAAACAUUGCUGAUUUAGCUAAUGAGGCUAAUGAAAGAGUUUCUCUUAGCAGGUUUACAGCUGAACUUCAUAAAAGGAUUCUUGUUGACUUUAAAAAAAAGCAAGAUCAAGCAACAAUAGUUUUACAAAAAUUAGACUUGGAGACUAAAGCGCUUAAUGAGAAAGAACAACGGCUUAGAAAUAAAGUUGAGACCGACUAUGCCUGGGCUCUACGUUUACUUUUUGUUCCAGUUGUUGGCGCCAAGGCAAGGGAGAUUCUUUCUAAGAAAAGGGAUUCUGUUAUACAAGAGGCCAAUGCUGCAGCUAGUGAAAGGGAUAUUGCUGCUGCUGCAUCCAGCGUUAUAAAGGGUCCAUUGCUUGAGGCUAUCAAUUCUUUUAUCGAUAGAAUCACAAAAAUUGCUGAAUUUUUCCAAGUUUUAACUAAUGAAUUGGUUAUGCUGGCCAACAAUCAACAAGAAAAUCCGCGAAAAAUGCAUUAUAUCAGAGUUCGAGCAAAAGCCGAAAUUAUUAUUGAUGCUUGCCGGCUCUAUAUGUCAAGGAUUCCGGAUUCCGAAACUAAUCUCCGAGCAAUCCCAGAUAAUUAUGAUAAAAAUUAUGUCCAACAAUGGCUUUCAACUGAACAUGUCGAAGUUAAUGGAACACCAACUUCAUUUCUCACUUGGGGUCAACUUUUGUUUGGUAAAAACAACAAACUUAAGCAUCUUUUUACAGCUGAGGUAUAA